CGUAUAAAUCUGUCAGUGUUGUGAUUUAGAUAUUGCCAUGAUAUCCUUUGCACUAAUGGAGAAUGCAUCUCUUUCCUAAUCGUUCUCCGGUGUCGUUUCGGAUCAACCGCCAUUAGUGAGCGCUUUGGGGCAGGCAGUGUUGAAUGGAAGUGGGUAAUCAUGUCCUGUGUGGCUGCAGACGGCCGGGGGUGAGCGGAGGAAGGGUAGGCCUUGUCUUGGGAGAUUUCUGCUCCUCUAGCACAGGGAGCGUGAUGUCAGCGGUGGCAGUACUGUUGUAAUUGACUUGGUGGGGGUGAUGGCGUCAUUUUAUGCCCUGGUGUAGCCUCCUGCUCCAAUUGCGAAGGGGAGACGGAUCUUUGGCCGACGCGACCGUGGCUCCCUUGGCCGGGAUCGAGCACCGCCGAGCCGGAUACUUUACCCCGGGAAACAUGGAGGCUGUAGCCGAGGAGCUGCGGGCCGGCUCUCGGGUACCUGUCACUAUCGAUCAAAUAGUUAACGAUACACUGGUGGUGACUCUGACCUACAGAGAAAGGAACUACACGGGAAUAUUACUUGAUUGCAACAAAAAGACUGGGCUUUUCUGUCUACCAGAUGUCACAACAAAACCCGGGGACUGCCUGACAACUAAACCGGCUUGUGAAAUCCCAGAAGUUCUGGGUGAGGAGCCAGUUUCCAAAUCUCCCAGCCAAGCUUCAAAUAGACCAAAGGAUGAAAACACUCUCCCUGAAAGUGACAUACCUAGUGCACCCCUUCCCUGCCCUGUACCCACACCAGUUCCAGCUGGACAGACUCCUUACCCUCCUUAUUUUGAAGGAGCCCCCUUCCCUCAGCCCUUAUGGGUCCGCCACAGCUACAGCCAGUGGGUGCCACAGCCCCCUCCACGACCAAUUAAAAGAAAGAAGAGGCGGACACGAGAACCUGGCCGCAUGACCAUGAGCACUAUUCGUCUACGGCCACGACAGGUACUAUGUGAGAAGUGUAAGAAUACACUUAAUAGCGAUGAGGACAGCAAAGAUGGCAUGAGCAACACCAAGGUCUCAAGAAAAGAGAAUGCACUACACAGUGAUGAUGACGCAGAUGAAAAAGAUGUGAAGUUGCAGAGGAAGGAGGACGUUGCUUCUACAAAGGACACUAAGAGACGAGAAAAUGGAACCAGCCUUGACAGCAAGCGCCUCAGGAAGGACAAAAGGGGAGAAACUGAAGGGGAGAAGUUCCCCGGAAGUGACGUUAUUCCCCAUAGUCCUGUUAUUAAGAUCUCAUACAGCACUCCACAGGGCAAGGGGGAGGUCAUGAAAAUCCCCUCGAGAGUCCAUGGGUCAGUCAAGCCAUUUUGUCCCAAACAACUUGUGCAAAAUGGCUUGGGAGAAAAUGGGAAGACACCCACAAACCCCACUAAGGAACAACGGCACAUUCUAGAUGCAACCAGGUCUGGCCUCACUGUGUCCAUUCCCAAACUCAAACUGACCAGGCCCUACACAACCGUGGGCCAGGACUUGCCUUCUCCAAAGAUCCGAUUGAGACCCCCGCAGAGGGAGGGGGAGGAGAGCGUAGUCGAGUAUGAGGCAGAACUUGUGGGAGGCACCAGGAGACGGAGCCCGAGGGGUCCCGGGCCCUGCCUGCCCCAUUCAGAAGACUCAGGAGAAGGCAAGAACUCUCUGGAGUUGUGGUCAGGGAGUUCAGGAGAGGAAGGGGAGCGUGGUCACAGUGAUCUCACCCUUCUCAUAAAUUUCCGUAAGCGUAAAGCAGAUUCUUCUAGUUUGUCGGUCUGCAGCAGUGACAGUCUAGAUGAGUCCAAGUCUUUCAGUUCUGAUGGCACCUCACCAGAGCUGUGCGACCUUGCACCUGGCGAGGACCUCUCUGUAACUUCGUCUUCAGUGCCCUCACGGGAUGACUGCAAGACGGUACCACCGCUUACGGUGCGGUUGCACACGCGCAGCAUGACAAAGUGUGUAACAGAGGAGGGACACGCCGUGGCAGUUGGUGAUAUCGUGUGGGGGAAGAUCCACGGGUUCCCCUGGUGGCCUGCACGAGUCCUCAGCAUCAGCGGAACCCGCAAAGAGGAAACGGCCAGUUGCGAGGCGCAGUGGCCCCAGGCAAAGGUAGCAUGGUUCGGCUCACCCACCACCUCCCAGCUCUCUGUUGCCAAAUUGUCGCCCUUCAGAGAGCUCUUCAGGUCCCGCUUCAACCGCAAGAAGAAAGGGAUGUACCGGAGAGCCAUCCUGGAGGCAGCCAAGGCCGUGGGCCACAUGAGUCCUGAGAUUACAUCACUGCUAUCCCACUGCGACACGUAGAGGCUGAGGACUGAAGAAGGGAGUUUUUUUCUGAAUUCUCAGACUGUCAUCUAGACCCAGGAGGGAGUACGUGCGGUUGCCACGGCUACUAUUUAUAUGCCGUCUUUUUUUUUUUUUUUUCACAAGGCUUGUGGAAAAUGGCCGCCAAGGUGGAUUGUUGUUAAGACUGGAUAAGGGAGCAAAAAAAAAGAACGGCCAAGCAUCUCUUGGUCUACUAUGAACUAAACUAUUCCUUUUUUUUUUUUUUUUUUUUUUUUUUAAGAUCGAAUCAUAUUUCCUUAGAGCCGAAUAACGACACUACAAGAACCCGAAUGUAUUUAUUAUCUGUAAUGGUUUAUUAUGAUCCACCGAGUUCACCUUUCUACUACAAUCGUGCAAAACCUCCCAUUCUGCUGCUGUCGUAACGGCCCUCUCUCCGCCGACGUGUCCACUGCGAGGUCAGAAGCCGGUGGCGUCUGCAAAAAAAAAAAAAGGAAAUCCUCCUCAAUUCCGCUUCCUCGCUCUUUUGGGGCAAAGGACUCUAGAUGUUGGAAUUAAAAGUCUUACCCUGAUUCCUCUUACUUCUGAAAAUGUGAACAGCUCCAUCCAGAGACAGUAGUGACUGUUCCAGCUCUUCUAGCGAUCAGUGUUCCAUCCUCGUAACCCUCUGCGAUAUUAGUUGGAUUUGUGGAUGUAUUUAUAUUGAACUGUCUCCUCUUCAGAGUUAUCAUUGUAUCUCUCUUCCAUUUCAUUUUUACCUUUUUAGAUGUGUCAUGUUGGCGUACGUAUCCCCCCCUGACCUUCCCACCCCAUCCAACUCUUUUUGUCUUUCUUUCAUUCUUUACCCUGAGAACCGUUUUUACAUCACUUUAAUUAUUUAAAGCAUCACGUUAAGAAAAAGCACUUUAUCUGUACCUUGGUGGCCUGCUGUAAGCUCACUGUCUGAAACACUAUUGCGAGAUACAGCCCUGAUAGGCAGCAGGGGAAUUCAGAAGUCUUUGUGGUUGACUAUCCAUGGCCUUGGAGAUGAUUAAAAACAACAACAAAAAAAAAAACUUUUUAUUUUAUUUUAUUGUACGAUUUUUGGGGACACCAGACACCUGUUGCGGAUGGUUGUGUACACUGUAUUCUCGCAUUUUACUGGGGGUGUUUCUCUUUCUCUUUCCUCUCUCUCAGCUUAUCCACAUACAUAAACACACUACCACACGAUGGAACAUUUCCACUGGAGAAAACAUGGCUCAGCACGUGUGUCAAAGUCCCCUAUGCAUUAUCAGUUAAAGCUUUAUGAGUGACUUUUUGGGAGAAAACAUAAUAAUAGUGGAAAAAAAAAAGAAAUACCAUGCUGUAAGAAUACUGUGAAUUCAACUGCUGAGCGUGCUGAAGAAAAAAGGCUGCUACUAGCUGGAGCCUGCAGUUAUUGAGUCAUCCGGUGAAGCAGACUGCAGCGCUGACCUUUAGUGACCUUUGUGUUGAAAGCAGCACUGUUGAAAUAAGCAGGGGGGGGCAGGGAUAGUAAGGGAAGGGAGGGUGAGGGGGGAACAGAGGCCACUGCUGACAGGAGCGGCCAGGUCUGUAUUAAAAAGUUACCGAAGAUUGCACACAGUCACGCUUGACCAACCAGCCCAGCCCCGUCUCCUUUCCGCUCUUUCUGAUUGAGGCUGAACGCUGGAUCAUUGAUUACCAAUGAGAGGAGUGAGUUCAGGGGAGUAGGAAAUGCACUCCUGCCAUUUUUUUCUUUUUUUUUUUGAUAAUCCGCCAUUUGACUGUUUGCUGUCAAGCCCAGCUAGUUUCCAGGCAGCCUUACUUACACAACAAGGCGUGGGAUAGUCUAAACGUAUGUAUGUAUGUAUGCCUGAGAGGGGAAAGGGACGUCAGGAUUUUUCCCGUGUAAAGAGCAACAUGGCUAUCUACUGUUGCCCACGUUGGUCAACGUUAUUGGCUACUUUUUUGUUUUCUUUUUUACAUGUACUGUACAUAAAAUAAAAUAUACAAGCAAUA